AUGGGUCACUCCAACGGAAAGCGAGCGGGCACCCGCUAUGCCUUCAGCCGCAACUUCCGCCAGAAGGGCAUGAUCGCCCUGAACACGUACUUGAAGACGUACCGUGUUGGCGACAUUGUUGACGUCAAGGUUAACGGUGCUGUCCAGAAGGGAACCCACGAAUAUGAUGAACUAGAUGAAGUCAAGAUUUCUUCGCAUUGGAAGUUACUUGAAACUGAUUUCAUGGUGAAUAGUAUGCCGUACAAGGUCUACCAUGGCAAGACUGGUGUUGUCUACAACGUCACCAAGACCUCAGUCGGUGUGAUCAUCUACAAGAAGGUCUGGCACCGGUACAUUGAAAAGCGCCUCAAUGUCCGAGUCGAGCACGUCCAGCCCUCACGCUCUCGUGAGGAUUUCUUGAAGCGAGUCAAGUCCAAUGCCGAGGCCAAGAAGAAGGCCGCUGCCGAUGGUGUUACCGUCCAGGUCAAGCGACUGCCCGCUCUGCCCCGGGAAGCACGCACCGUUUCUCUGACCGAUAACCCUCCUGAGACUGUUACUCCUUUGCCUUACGAGACAACGAUCUAA